UGUUCUUUCUGUCAUUAUUCUAAGAAUUGUGGUUAUGAAAGAUUAGCAUCUGAUCAUAUAUUUUUAGCAAUUGGUGAAUAAUUUUGGCAAAGCUUGAAUCUUUUGACCUUCAACGGCGUGCCCAUAAGGGUGAAGCAAUGCUAGCGAAGACAGUUUUCCCUAGAGGUCUCCUUGUUUUGAGAAGUUUCUCAUCAGUUGCUUCAAAGACACUACUUAAAGUGGGAGAUGUUUUAAGAGAAACAAGAGUGUUCUCAAGUGAAGAUAUUAAGGCCUAUGCUGAGGUGAGCCAUGAUUGGAACCCACUCCAUUUCGAUCCAGAAUCUGCUCGUAAAGCCGGAUUUGAGAAUCGCCUUGUCCACGGGAUGCUUGUUUCUUCCAUGUUUCCUCGUAUCAUCUCUGCCCAUUUCCCUGGAGCAGUAUACGUAUCUCAAAGUCUGCAUUUUCGGUCACCGGUUUACAUAGGUGAUGAAAUUCUUGGAUUGGUUCAAGCCAUAGCUUUAAGAGAAACCAAGAAUAAGUACAUUGUCAAAUUCUCAACUAAAUGCUUCAAGAACCACAACGAACUUGUUGUUAUUGAUGGUGAAGCUACUGCAAUUUUACCAAACCUUGACAUGUUGCAGAAAAGUCCUUCCGAAUAACAUAACUUUGUUCUGAAGAAAGGUGAUGUAGAUGAGUACGAGAUUAGGAUUGUGAUUGGUGCUGAUGGUCCUAAAAGUCCAAAGGAUGGAUCUUCUGCAAAGCCUUUGGAGAUGCUCAAGGAGAUUGAACAAGGAAGAAAUAACACCAAACUUCUCACUAAUGGAUCACCUGUUGCUGCUUAAACAAUGACUCUGUUCUAUGUUCUGUUUUUUUGUGUUUGUGUUUUUUUCAUUUCUGCUGGUAUGAAUCUCGUAGUGCUUACAAAUUUUUCUUUGUACGUUUCAUUAGCUUAAAAUGAAGUUGAUUGCAGUCACA